AUGAGCUAUAGCGUGAAUCCAACGUAUCCUCUCAUCCCCGUUGUCUCUUUCUUGGGUUUCUUCCUUGUUCUCAUCCCCUUCCCAUGGCACCUACAAGCAUGGAAUGCAGGCACUUGCGUCUAUAUGAUCUGGGUAGCCAUCUCAUGUCUCAUCCAAUUCGUGAACUCCAUCAUCUGGCGUAACACCGCUUUGAAUGUUGCACCCGUAUGGUGUGAUAUCUCAACCAAAUUGCUCAUUGGAGCUAGUAUUGGCAUCCCUGCCUCCGCGUUGUGCAUUAGUCGUCGCUUGUACAGUAUAGCUGUCAUGAAAACCGGGUUGGCAACAUAUCAGGAUAAAUGGCGUGUCGUCAUGAUUGAUCUUUCCAUAUCAAUCGGUAUCCCUGUCAUAGUUAUGGCACUUCACUACAUUGUUCAAGGUCACCGUUUCGAUAUCCUUGAGGAUGUAGGUUGCUGGCCAGCAAUUUACAAUGUAAUACCAGCAUAUUUCCUGAUCUACAUGUGGCCUUCGCUACUUGGCUGUAUCUCUUUCGUUUACUCUGGCCUGACUGUUGCUGCAUUCUAUAAACGUCGUGUGGCGUUCAACUCACUCAUAUCAGGCAACAAUUCGAUGAACGACAACCUUUACAUCCGUUUGAUGAUACUAUCGGUCGUCGAUAUGGCUUUCACUGUGCCAAUUAGUAUCUACAGUGCCUAUAUCUCCGGCACGAGCAUACCCCUCCAACGAUGGGUAUCUUUUUCAAAUACCCAUUACAAUUUCUCGCACGUCGGUCUUAUUCCUGCGGCCGAAUGGACCAGCAAUCCAAUCUACAAACGAUCCAUCGAUUUGACGCAGUGGCUCUUUCCGGUUUGCGCCUUGGCGUUCUUUGUUCUCUUUGGCUUCUCAAGUGAAGCGAGAAAAUACUAUCGGUUAUACUUCCUAUGGAUUGCAAAGCGCUUUGGCUACAAUCCUCCGGUAAUGCAGACGUCGACGUCGCAUGCUCCCAGACUGAAAGGCAAAUCCGCUGGUUCACUGCCCGUUUAUAGUACCCCUGCCCCUCCUCGAAUCAAACUCCAGUCAUCAUUUACGCCUAUUUUCGACCUUAUGACCUCCGGCGUUUACCAAGACGUCGAGAAGCAUGCUGACUAUCCAUCGUCGCUGCCCCCUUACUCCAAAGGUAAAUUCCCCGAGGAUCUCUCUCGCACAUCGUCGAACUAUUCACGAUCUCAUAUAGCAACAUGUGCAGUUGACGCCGACCUCGAAAGACCAUCUGAAGUUCAUCCCUGGCAAUCAUCGCAGACGCGCCGCACGGAGCGUUAUGUUAUCCCCGCAUAUCACCGUCCUUUUUCGCCACCCAGCCUGUACCCUGUCGCUGUUGACCCGGAUAGCUCUAUGUGGCCAUCAUCUGCGUCCGUCGCAAUCGUACGAAACCACACCACCCGUGGAUAUCUAUGA